GCAGCGCGGCCCCGUGAGAGCGCGCGCUCCGUGAUGGAUCAGAUCAGCGCAGCGGGCGUCGCUUAUAAUCAGGAUUUAACACACAAGACCAUCCUGGUGGGAGACAGUGGAGUGGGAAAGACGUCUCUGCUGGUUCAGUUUGAUCAAGGCAAGUUUAUCCCUGGAUCGUUUUCUGCGACGGUGGGGAUCGGAUUCACGAAUAAAGUCCUCGCAGUGGAUGAGCAGAAGGUGAGAUUACAGAUCUGGGAUACGGCGGGACAGGAGAGGUUUCGGAGCGUCACACACGCGUACUACAGAGACGCUCAGGCACUUCUCCUGCUCUAUGACAUCACCAGCAGAUCCUCCUUCGACAACACACGGGCGUGGCUUACUGAGAUCCAUGAAUAUGCUCAGGAUGAUGUGGUCAUCAUGUUGCUUGGCAACAAGUCAGACAUGGCCAGCGCUCGAGCCAUCAGACGAGAUGAGGGAGAGAAACUGGCCAGAGAGUAUGGAGUCAUUUUCCUGGAGACCAGUGCCAAAACCGGACUCAACGUGGACGAGGCCUUUGUGACGGUGGCAAAAGAGCUGGUGAGAUGCUCGGUCCAGCUGCCCAUCGAGCCCAGGUUUGACCUUCAGGACGUGAUGGAGCCGGAGAAAGAGUCUUCCAGCUGCUGCGGCUUCAGCUAGAAACUAGAAGACCAGUCACUCCUGUCUCCACCAGCAGAUGGAGCUGUGUGCACCUCAUGUUCAGGGAUGACCUUUUUUGUUUUUGUUCAGGGACAAAUAUUCUUGGACAAACCUCAUCUAAGUCCUCAUCUUGCCCACUGAUUUAUAUUCAUCUUUUUAUAGAUCAGUGCUAGUGAUAUUUGAAGCACUGCACUUGCUUUAAAGAACCUGCAUAGAAGGAUCUAUGCAGUAGCUCCGAAUAAUGCCUGCUUUCCUAUUAUAACAUCAGCCUAAAGAAGUAUUUCUUCAUGAGUAGCAUGCAGACGGUAUUCAAAAAGUAGGUGAUUUAGGGGUAAAACAUGCACUGGUGAAAGAUCUACUAUGAUAUAAUGAAUUAUUUGUGAUUUUAUACGCUGCUUGUAAUUUGUUCCAGAACACAGCUACUUUUAAAUGACUCUGAAGGAAGGUUUUUUGCAGCAGAAAGCUGUUGUUUUGACAUCUACCAGUUGCUGGAGUUGACCAGCCUAACCUUUCCCAGUGGUUAUAUGUUACACAAUAAAUGUCAUAUAUAUUAAAUAGAUUAAUGUCACUAGAGUGCUUAAUUAGCAUUUUGUUGGUGUGUGUAUGCUGCGUUUGAAUCUCAGGAUCUGGGAAUAUUAUGCACCGACAGACGCUUUGAAAAUAUUGCAAAUCUCUAUGAAGAAAAUAUGCAUUUAUCUGCUAAGCUGAUCAGAAUGACUAUUUGCAUUGAAUUUAUAAAUAUAGUGAGGAAAUGCAUAUUGAGAGAGUAUGUAUAUCUAUGCCUGUUUGUGUUUAUAUCAGACUUUAUUAUCACAAAAACUGAUUUGUAUUGCAUCUGUUUUGCUGAAAUCAGAACAGAUGUCUUUGUGUCAGCUGUCCUCAGGACUUCUCCUGUGUUUUGACUGUAAAAUGCUUUAUAAAAGAUCCAUUGUGUAAAUCCUGAACUAUCUGUUUCUCAUGGACGUGUGUUUUGUUAUUAAAAUGUUUUAUAUGCUUA